AUGGCCAAGAAAGACUCAGGUAUCGAGGAAGGAGAUCUGCGCUCGCCUGCGGCAACAGGGCAUCUUGCCAUAUUCCACUACCAGGUCAUGACAGCAAAGCUCGAAGAAGAAACCAAGGAGAUGGCGGGAAAGCUACAGGGAUUGACGGAAAACACCGCGAGCGACGGCGCUAUCAUCAGCGUGAUCACUGUUGUGUCCGGGGUUUGCCUGCCUGGAAGCUUCAUGGCGAAGUGGGUUCACUUCCCAUGGCAUGUAGCCGCAACAGGCAUGGAUCCUAGGGAUGCGAAGGAGUUGGUUGAUGAAGUCAUCUCUAACGCUGAGCAAACGGCCAGCCUGGGUAAUUUCACCUACUCAUUUUGGAAGCACUCUGGUUUGAUGAAGAUCUGGACGAAGCCCGAAUAA